AUGGAUGUCAGUGCCUGCAUGUGUCCAACCAGCUUCCCCUCGCCAGCGUCAGCCCUGACUUGCUUCCCCAAGGGACCACUGACGCCGCAACCCUGCCCGAGAACUUGCAACCCGGCACCUCCCAGUUCCCCCGUGACCCCGCGAGCACAGCUGAAUACAUGCUACUCGGGCUGUGUGGAUGAGAAUGACAAUUGCAAUGGCUGCUACGUCUGGUUCCACAGUCUCUGUGGGUGUAUUCACGAUUUCCAAUCUCCGCAUGGAACAACGUGUAUUUCGUCUGCUUCGCCCCCGAAUCCCCCGAUUACACCGGGUCAGCCUUGGAAUCCGGUUUGGAUGGUUCUCUCGCUUGGAGAUCUCAUCACGACCACGGAGCUGAUCCCUGGGAUUCUGUCCUUGGGCUCGGCCGUCGAUCCAGACGGUGGUUUCCGGCUUGGUCAGGAUACCCUGCGGAACACAUUCCCAGGGCAGAAGUAUAACCGGCUGACUGGGACGCUGGCCAUGAACAGUGUUGCUACUCGGUCGGAAGAACAGGUUCAUAUUCACCUGUGCUUUUCUCAGUUCAGUGGGGUGCGUGGCAUCCUGGAUGGCUUGACUCGGACUAAUUACUUCAAUCUGGCCUGGGUGGAUUUGUCCAAUAUCCACAAACCUGAUGCUCCUUAUAUGUAUUGUCGGGCUUCUUCGAAUCAGGGUCAGGAUAUCAAUGUGUCCCGGGCGAUCUCGGAUUAUCUUGAUUACUUGACUGCUCAAUUUGGGCCGGAUAAUUGUGCUCAGUAUACUGUCGGUGCUGGCGUGAUCACCGACAGCCAGGAUUAUUCUUGGGCCUGUGUUACUGUUGGAAGUCGAGCUGCUGAGACGAUCUUCUGCUAUGACUGA